UUGUACAACGGACUUUUGUGAAGUGAAAUGCUUACAAGUUUUUCUUUAGUGCCUAACUGUGCUACGGACUUUGUUUCGGAAAUGGUGAUAUCGACCCACGGGGAGUGUUUAUGAGACAUUCUUUAGUGAAAUGAAAUGUCUGUGAUAAUGUAUUCUAUACCGGCUGUGUUUUUAACGCUCCUGCACGUCGGAUGGACCGUGUUGCCCUACGGCUCGGAUAAGUGCGUUCGAGUUGCAGAUCGGGACAUCGAAAGCAACGUAAUGUGUAAAGUGCGAACUCUUGAAGGAGACGGAAGUAGUAUAUCAUCAGUGAAUUCAGAUACGAGCCACCUUAAUAUCGAAUGCAAUCAUCUUUUGUUAUUCGAAAGCUCACUUCGGGCGCACUACUUCAACCCUGUAACGAGUCUCACUGAUCUUUCAAUCACCAACUGCAAACUCCUUAGUGUCCCGGACAACACUUUUCAAGAUCUUAAGAAUCUAAGACGACUGAAGCUUCGCUCAAAGAACUUCGAGUGGAGUCCUACUAAGAAUAUGGAGUUAACUUUGAACUCGUUCAAUGGAUUAUCGGAACUGCAGUCGUUAGAUCUGGCUCAAAAUAACAUCAAGUUCGUUCCUUCCGGUGUGUUCUGUUCUCUAGAAAACUUAAACACAGUGAACUUAACACAUAACAGAAUAAGGACUGUUGGACAAAUUGGUUUUGGAUCCGGCUGUGGAUCGGGUUUACAUACAUUAGAUUUGAGUCACAAUGAAAUAAAAUCAUUAUCAGAGGAAUCAGAAUUAUUAAAAUUAAGAAGUUUACAACACCUAUAUUUGCAACAUAACAAUAUAACAGACAUAUCAAGUGAAGCUUUCAAUGGCCUUGUUUCAAUGAGGGUUCUAAACAUAUCACAUAACCGUUUACAUACUCUACCAGAAGGGCUAUUUGCUUACGCUAGAGAAUUAAGGGAAAUUUACCUCAACGAUAACUCUCUGUUUGAACUUGCUCGAGGUAUUUUUCAUCGACUUGAACAGUUAAUUGUGUUAGACUUGUCUAGUAAUCAGCUAACAAGCAAUCAUAUUGACGACGGGACAUUUCUUGGAUUGAUACGCCUUAUUGUUUUGAAUUUAUCCAACAACGCACUCACUAGAAUCGACGGGAAAACAUUUAAGGAUUUAUUUUUUCUACAAAUAUUAAAUCUGAAGAAUAAUUCCAUUGGAUACAUAGAAGAAAACGCUUUCUUGCCUUUAUACAAUCUUCAUACUUUAAAUUUAGCUGAGAAUCGGCUUCACACAAUAGAUGACAAUCUUUUUAAUGGAUUGUUUGUUUUGAGCAAACUAACUCUGAACAACAAUUUGCUUGUCAGCAUCGAUAAGAAAGCGUUUAAAAAUUGUUCUGACUUAAAAGAGUUGGAUUUGAGUUCAAAUCAGUUGUUAGAAGUUCCCGACGCACUGUGGGAGCUUUCGUUUCUAAAAACUCUAGACUUGGGUGAAAAUCAAAUAUCAGAUUUCAAAAAUGGAUCAUUCAAAAAUCUCAAUCAACUCACAGGAUUAAGACUAAUUGACAAUCAAAUCGGAAAUUUGAGUGUUGGAAUGUUUUGGGAUUUACCAAGUUUGCAAGUUUUGAAUAUAGCGAAGAACAAAAUUCAAUCGAUUGAAAGAGGAACCUUUACCCGUAAUAUGCAACUGGAAGCUAUAAGAUUGGAUGGAAAUUUUUUGUCGGAUAUCAAUGGCGUUUUUUCGACGUUAGCUAGUCUUCUCUGGCUCAACUUGUCAGAAAAUCAUCUAGUGUGGUUUGAUUAUGCGUUUGUGCCUAGUAAUUUAAAGUGGUUGGACGUUCACGGCAAUUUCAUUGAGCACUUAGGUAACUAUUACAAGUUGCAAGAUCAAAUCCAUAUAAAGACACUUGAUGUUAGCCAUAAUAGAAUAGUGGAAAUAUCACCUAUGGCAAUACCUAAUAGUGUAGAGUUGUUGUUUAUAAAUAAUAACUUUUUAAAUAAUAUUCAUGUGAACUCGUUUUUCGAUAAAAAGAACUUAACGCGUGUGGAUAUGUAUGCUAACGAACUAGUGCAUUUAGAACUUAAUAGUUUACGUUUAGCGACCGUGCCCGUAAAUAAAACCUUACCCGAAUUCUAUAUCGGUGGAAAUCCAUUUCAAUGUGACUGUACUAUGGAGUGGUUACCGAUUAUUAACAAUAUGACUGCCAUGAGACAGUAUCCGCGUGUGAUGGACUUAGAAAAUGUUUUGUGCAAAAUGACGAACACUCGUAGUGGAACUCAUGUGCCGUUAACAAAUCUUAAGACAUCGGACUUUCUGUGUGAGUAUGAAACUCAUUGUUUUGCUAUCUGUCAUUGCUGCGACUAUGACGCGUGUGACUGUGAAAUGACCUGCCCUCAAAAUUGUACCUGCUACCACGACCCGUUAUGGAACACUAACGUCGUUGAUUGUUCUGGGCAAUCAUCCAUGGAAAUACCCCAAAAGAUACCCAUGGACGCUACUGAAGUAUUUUUGGACGGCAAUAACAUAAGAGAGUUACAAAAUCACGUUUUCAUCGGACGACAAAAGAUGCGAUCUCUCUAUGUUAAUAAUAGUAACGUAGAUAGCAUACAAAACAGAACUUUUGCCGGGCUCAAUGCUUUACAAAUACUGCACCUGGGCAACAAUAAGCUAAAAGAAUUAAAAGGGGACGAGUUUCAUCAGUUGAGCAAUUUGAAAGAAUUAUUUUUACAAAAUAACCUUAUUAGUCAUAUCGCAAACAUAUCAUUUUUGUCACUUAGAUCUUUGGAAGUUUUACGCUUAGAUGGAAACAGAUUGGUAGAUUUUGGUGUUUGGAGUUUUAAUACCAAUACCAACUUAAAAGCUCUAUCCCUUGGUAACAAUUUAUGGUCAUGCAAAUGCCGCUAUUUACAAGAGUUAACUGCAUACCUGGCCGAGAAUGCACAAAAAAUCAUUGACAUAACCGAUGUAUGGUGUUGGAACGGAGAUGCGAAGCCGCCACAGAAAAAAGAGCUCAAUUUAAAUGGAACUGCCUGCAGCGAUUAUUAUGCCGAUAAUUCAGUCGUCGGAAACAUGUCGGUGUCGAACUACGUUCCCAUGAUAGUCUCGACUCUUACCGGCUUCAUUUUAUUAGCUCUUGUUGUACUCUUUUUAUGUAGAGAUACAUUGCGAGUUUGGCUCUACACUAACUGUGGUAUACGAGUAUUCUCUUUCUCCGGUGCAUUUGAGGAAACGGAAAAGCUUUACGACGCAUACGUCUGUUAUAGUCCGAAAGACGAGGAAUUUGUUGUGCAAUCUCUAGCGACUGAACUAGAAAAUGGAAACCCCUCGUACCACCUUUGUCUGCAUUACAGAGACAUUCCACAUCACGGCGCACAGUACAUGCAAUGUGCUCCGCCGGUGGUCGAGGCUGCGGAAGCGUCUAAGCGUAUAAUAUUAGUGCUAACGAGAAAUUUCAUGCAAACGGAAUGGUCUCGCUAUGAAUUCCGACAAGGGCUGCACGAGGCGCUAAAAGGGUGUAUUUAUAAACUAGUUUUAAUAGAAGAAUGUUCCGUAGUGGGCGACGCUAUGUGUGAUCCAGACUUACGGCCGUAUCUUAAAACAGGCUCGCGUUUACAAUGGGGACAGAAGAGAUUUUGGGAGCGACUCAGAUAUAUGAUGCCCGACUCAUCGCACACGAGCACUGCGCAUAAGACGCGGACUCAUAGCUAUAGAAAGAAUAUAAAUACAUAUACGUUAGAUUCAUCCGUGCCUAAUGGAGGGAAUCGAACGUUGAGUUAUCCUGACAAAUCACCUGUGUUAGGCAACACUGGGCAGGGAGCGAGCGCACCUCCUGAGUAUAGUAUAGAAGUGCGACAGUCGCCAUCAGCUGUGAGGCAAACGCAGUCGGUCGCUUAUGGUCCGGAUGGGAGACCAAUAUCCGACCACAUUUACUCCUCUAUUGAUUCGGACUAUUCGUCCUUAGAGCAAGGUAUGGCACCAGGAAGGCGGCGAGAUCUAAGACAAUGGCCACCUCCACCUCCUCUUGUAGAUACGGGUAACACCGUGCAAGCUUACCUAGUCUAGACGGGCUCCUGCCCACUUCCAGUCAAAUUGUAUAUAAUCUAGAUAUUAAUUGUAUAAAUCUAAUGCAUGUAAAUAAUGUAAAUAUUAGCUUUAAGUGCUAUACCAAAAUUUAUGUAAGUGAACUUACU